AUGUGCGACGCCGAGAAGCAGCACGUGACGCUCCACUGGAAGAACAUCUACGUGCGCACCGCCAAGGGGAGGCCGCUCUUGGAGGGCGUCUCGGGCGUCGGCGGCGUCUACGCGAACGGGCAAGAGCUCGGCUCGGCCAUGACGGGUGUUUGUGGCUAUGUGCAGCAGGAAGAUCUGUUCCUCGGCACACUCACUGUGGAAGAACAUCUCACGAUCCAAGCCCUGAUGCGCCUUUCCGGCACCAUGGACGCCCGGCAGCGGGCCCGACGGGUUGAAGAGGUGAUGCGCUCGAUGCUGCUCGACAAUGCGCGCGGCUCGCGGAUCGGCACACCAGGCGUGAAAAAAGGAAUCAGCGGUGGCGAGCUGAAGCGGUUGGCUUUUGCGACGGUAUUGCUGAAGCAGCCCCCGCUGCUGUUCUGCGACGAGCCGACAACUGGACUUGACUCUCACAUGUCGGCCGUUGUCGUCAAGCGCCUCGAAAUGCUGGCCGCGAACGGGAUGACCGUCGUCUGCACCAUUCACCAGCCCAACGCCGAGACGUUCGAGAUUUUUGACAAGGUGAAUCGAAAACUCUACUUCACAAAUUGUGAGGUUGUCUUCCUAUGCCAGGGCCGAAUCGCCUUCAUCGGCUCUCCGCUGAACGCCGUCCAUUUCUUCGGAUCGGCCGGCUACCUGUUGCCCGAGCGCACCAACCCGGCCAACUUUUUCAUCAACACCCUUGCCUUCAACCCGGAUCACCCGAAAGAUUCGCGCGAGCGCGGCACCAAGAUCUGCGACGCGUUCGCCAAGUCCGAGUACAAGCAGCUGUGCGACGCACAAAUCGAGGAGGCCGCUCGGCCGCGUCAGCUACACGCUAUCCCACCGCCCGGCCUCAUCAUCCUCUUUUUCGCCUUGUGGAAGCGCUACUUGAUCGACAACUACCGCACCCCCUCCGUGGUCGCCGCGAAAUUCGCGCAGAAGGCCUUCAUGGGGUUGUUCCUCGGGUUGCUCUACUACCAACACUGGAAAUACUUCACCACCCAGAACGGCGUCCAAAACCUAAAGGGCAGCCUGUUCUACUACAUCUCCGAGUUGACGUAUGCUACACUUUACGGCAUUCAAUCCUAUCUGCCCGGCGACUUUCCGCUGCUCAUUCGCGAAUAUCACGAUGGGAUCUUCCCGACAUCCGCCUACUACGUGGCUCGGCUACUCUCAUACGUGCCAAUCUUCUCGAUCGAUGGCAUCCUCUUCGUGUCCAUCUCCUACUGGUUCAUCGGCUUCUCGGCUAGCAUCACCCGUUUCAUGUUGACCCUGUUCGUCGGGCUGCUCGUCGAGUUGAGCUCGGCCAGUCUCGGCAUCAUGAUUUGUUCGGUAACCCCAUCCUAUUCGAUCGCCAUUGCCGUAUCUGGCCCGGUGUUGACCCUGUUCUCGUUGACCGGCGGCAUCUUCACCAACGUGUCCGUGAUGCCAGACUGGAGCCGAUGGAUCCAAUAUCUGUCGUGGUUCCGCUACGCGUACGAGGCGUUGAUCGUCAACGAGUGGUCAAACCCCAUCUACAGCCACAUUCCAUGCGUUAUGGGCAGCAACCGUGCCAUUGAGCGCAAUGUAUCCGACGCCAAAUGUCUGCACAACGGGGAUGAGGUGAUUCGCUCGCUGAACUUCUCAAAAGACAACCUCCUCUUCAAUCUCGCUGUCAUGCCCCUAGGCGUCGUUGUCAUCUACACGAUGGGCUACAUCGGACUGGUUGUGCGCGUUCGGAAAGCCCGU